GUCCAACGUAAGCGCGUCUUUUGAUUAAUCGCACCUCACAUUUGUCAACGUGACGGAAUGAAUACAAAAAACAUAUUCCCUAUACUAAUUAUACUGAUUUACGUGAUCAUGUACCACAGUUACAUCAUCGGCUUCGUCGUCUUGCUGAGCGACAACCUCAAUUUGACCGAAUUCAUCGUCUACCCGAUCGUCUUCCAGUUCUUCUUCUACAUGAUGACGUGGUCGUUGCUGGCCACUUGGAUGCAGCCCACCGCCAAAGUGCCGCUCAAAUACCGGCUGACCACGUUCCAGAUCAGGACGCUGCUGCGCAGCCCCGACGACAAGAAGCAGGUGGUGCUGACCGCCUUCUACCAGAACAAGGGCAUCAGGAUGUACUGCAGGACGAGGAGCGGCAACCUCAGGUUUUGCAGGCAAUGUUUCCAUUUCAAGCCGGACAGGGCGCACCACUGCUCGCAAUGCGAGACGUGCAUAUUGAAAAUGGACCAUCAUUGCCAGUGGUUGAACACCUGCAUCUGCCUGACGAACCAGAAAGGUUUCCUGUUGGCGUUGUUCUACUGCUUUUUAUUAUCGCUGUUUUACGUUUGCACCACCUUCCGCGUGAUCAUCGACUUCUUCGAGUCGACGCUGUCCAAUCCGCACCAGUACAUCUGGGUGGUCGCCGGGUUCUUCACGUCCUGCUGCAUCGCGCCGAUACUGUUCAUCUUCAUCUUCCUGCACUUCUCGCUGAUAGCCAAGAACAAGACGCUGGUGGAGGACCUCGAUCCGCCGAACUUCAGCAACCGCUACACCACCUACGAUCUGGGUUUGGUGGAGAACGUCUGUCACGUGCUGGGGCGCAACAAGUUGCUGUGGCUGGUGCCGGUGUUCAACCAGGAGGGGCCCGGGCUGGUGUUCCCCACGCAGAAGGGCCGCCUGAGGCGGGCGAGGCACGUCGAGGGCCAUCGCGGCGCCGUCCAUCGCACGGAGACCCAAAGGACUUUCUCCGAUCACAUCAGAUAGUUUGUGAUAAGGGUUGUUUCGAACGGUGCGCGAGUGCUUUUUUUUUAUAAGGUAAAACGACGGUCGUGUAUUUCUGAGGUCUGGAAACAGAGGUCGAA